UGCUGCUGCUUCUCUAUUGAUUUUUCGCCGCGCGCGCUGUGCACUCUAUGUUGUCCUGUAGCUGUACUGCAAGCUCGCUGUAUAAAUUUUACAGCGUAAAUGAUAAUGUGUCCAUAUGAUUCAGGAGCUUGACCGUUUGUGGCUUUUAUUUUCAGAUGUUUCAUACUUCAAAUUUUAUAUUAACAAUAAAUAAAAUAAUACCAGUAAACUUUUCUUCAUCCAGCGGAAAUCUUGUGAAAAAAAAUAAGUUUUUUUUAUCACGGGACCAUCAUGGAUGAAACAAAUAAUCAGCACAAUGAAAUUCAAAAUCUAAAUUCUCGCCAUUAAAAUUUCGCCUCGUCUUUGUAAUUUCCAAAUCAAAAAUACGAAAUUCCCGGUGCGCCAAUGCCAUCUUUGUGCGAACAUUGGAAACUUUCAUUAAUUCGCUACUGUCACGCAAAUAUUCGCGAUCUCUGCGAAUUACGAAAUACACAUGAGAUGCGAUCUGCUGCGGCGUCGUCGUCGUGCGUGUUUUCAACUCCGUAACUUGCGCAAAUAAUAAUAAAAAACACAGCCGACGCCGCCGUAGCCGCCGUAGCUGAUCUCGGCUUUUAAUAAUCGGGGGAUGCCGUCGAGUCGCUCCCUGGAACUCGAGCCAGUAGUAGUGACAUAUCGCUGCAUAUUGUAGCGUAGUGUACCGGUCCCCGUGCAGUAUACAAUCGAUUCGGUGUGCAGUGAUUUUAUUUUAUUUUUUUUCAUUUUUUUGAGAAAACCGAGGACUACUCAUAAUGUUGGGAUUUCAAAGAGCAGUGGCCAAAGUAUGCGGGCGUCGACAUAUAGCUUCUCUUUCGGCCCUGUCGGAAACUCAUCAGAUGCUCUACAAAACAUGCAGAGACUUUGCAGAAGGAGAAUUGAAGCCAAUUGCAGCCAAAGUGGACAGAGAACAUCUUUAUCCAGCAGAACAAAUAAAAAAAAUGGGUGAACUUGGGUUGAUGGCCAUGGCUGUUCCUGAAUCCUUAGGGGGAACUGGCCUUGAUUAUUUGGCUUAUGCUAUUGCAAUGGAAGAAAUUUCCCGAGGAUGUGCAAGUACCGGAGUGAUAAUGAGUGUGAAUAAUUCUUUAUACCUGGGACCUUUACAACAGUUUGCCAAUGACAAACAGAAAGAAAAGUACAUCACUCCAUUUACAAGUGGUGAUCAAGUUGGUUGUUUUGCCCUCAGCGAGCCUGGCAAUGGCUCGGAUGCUGGUGCUGCAUCGACUACUGCUAAAACUAAUGGUGAUAAAUUUGUCCUCAAUGGCACAAAAUCUUGGAUCACUAAUGCUUUUGAAGCUAAAGCAGCUAUAGUCUUUGCUACAACGGACAAGUCCAAAAAGCACAAGGGAAUAAGUGCAUUCAUAGUUGAUAAGCCAUCGGAUGGAUUUUCACUUGGCAAAAAAGAAGAUAAACUGGGAAUUAGAGGAAGCAGCACUUGUUCUCUUAUAUUUGAAGAUUGUAAUGUACCAACAGAAAAUAUCUUAGGAGAACCUGGUUUAGGUUUCAAAAUUGCAAUGAUGACAUUAGAUGCUGGAAGGAUUGGAAUAGCUUCACAAGCCUUGGGAAUUGCUCAAGCCUCUUUAGAUUGUGCUGUAGAAUAUGCCCACAAAAGAACAGCGUUUGGCAAUUCGAUUUUAAAAUUGCAAGCUAUCCAAGUUAAAUUAGCAGAUAUGGCAAUGAAAAUUGAGAGUUCUCGACUCUUGACAUGGAAAGCAGCUUAUUUGAAAGAUCAAAAAAAGCCUUACACCAAAGAAGCUGCUAUGGCAAAGUUAUCUGCCUCAGAGGCUGCAACAUUCUGCUCUCAUCAAUGCAUACAAAUUUUGGGAGGAAUGGGCUAUGUGACAGAUAUGCCAGCUGAACGUCAUUACAGAGAUGCUCGCAUAACAGAAAUUUAUGAAGGUACCUCAGAGAUUCAAAGACUAGUGAUUGCAGGAAAUCUAAUUAAAGAAUAUAAUUUAUAGAAUUUUUAAUAUCCACAAGUAAUCUUUAAUAAUGAAAAUUCUGAAAUCGUUGAUUGAUUACCUUUUAACAAGUAAAAUCAUGUAAAUUGCACUUGACUUGUGCAGUGGUAUAUUUAUACAGACCUAGUUUUUAAAUGUAAAUAUAUGUUCAACAUAUUUUUAUGUUCUAUACAAAAAAGAUGUUUUUAAUAUAUUUUUUCUAAUCUAAAAAUGAAUAAAUUUUAUAUAUUAUUAUCUGGUGGUUUUAUUCAACUGUAUGACUGACAGUAUGUAUACUAAAUUUCCUCAUAUAUACAUUAACAUAAGUUCCCUUUGAAUAUACGUACACAUUUUUAUUCAAAAUUGAAUGAACUUAAGAAUAUUCAUCCACAUGUUGAGAUUUUGUCUGUAUAUUAGAUCAGAGCCCUUUGGCAGCGCUACAGGGAUUUCAACCCUGUGUAAUACAAGGAACAACUAACUUUUAUAACUAGAUCAAGUAGUCUCCAUUAGCAUGUAAGAUAGUUGUUUUUUUAGAAUACACAUACAAUGAAAUUCAAUAAGAUAACAUGUGUCGCGUAAGUAUUGAGAACCAUUGUUACUUUAGAUAAAACACUUUUAUAACCUUGACACUUAGUAACAUAUAGAAGUAUUAUUGAUUCAAAAGUAUCUAUUAAACGUUUUUCAUUAGCAUCUAUAUUUCUGCAGAUUUAUUUGUGCAAAAGACAAUUGAUAACAAAAUCAAAAGAGUAAUUGAAUUAGUUUGUCAUAAUACAAUUAAAAUUAAAAUGAUCAACAUCUUUGCAAAUUUAAUUGUGAAGCAUCUAAAAUAUCUAAUGCAACUGACUUUAAAAAGCCGAGAUUUCGAAUUAGGCGCAUUUAAAUUUAUGUACACUUUCUACAAUUUAACUUUUCACUUGAAUAAACAAAACUGUAUUUUCAUAAAAUAAUGUACAAAGUAAGUAGAAAAAAAUUUAUUCAAAUAAUUGAAAUCAUAUAUUAAUGUGAAAUCAUUCAAGUUGUAAUAGAAUUUCAUUGUAUGCAUCAUUUAUUUACAGUCAACACAUCCUAAAAUUAAAUGCCCAAACUUCGCUGGUAUCCAGAGUCUAAGUUUCUUUCUACAUGUAGGUCUAAAACAUAUCAUCUAUAUGUUAUUUAGUUUAUUACAUUGAGCAAUGAUGACUGUUGUUUCAUUAGAAACAGUAGUCUAGUUUUAUACUCGAAUACUGAGACUCGAAAUUUUCAUAUUCUAACAAAAUCGACGCUUAAUAAAAAAAAUUAUUCUAUGCACAAGCCAUUAUCCAUAUUAUGAUCAAAUGAUCAAUAAAAGAUGCUUAAUGCAAGU